CUCAGUGUGGUUUUAGCGGAUGAAGGCUGGUGGCCUAGCUGCCGGGUCCAUCAUGUUAGAGGUUGGAUGGGUAUGGGGCUCCGGACACGCCCUGGUGCCCCGGCCUGGGCUGUGGGCGGAGCCUCGUCCUGCAGGGUGGGAUCCUUCGGUCACAUUCUUCGGGCCCCCCCCCCCCCCCCGGCGACUGAGGGCGGGGCCGGUGACGUCAGGACGCCGGCUCCUCCCGACGACGCCCGAGGUAGCUGUACUGGAGGCUCCGCUGCGUAAGACCAUGGGGGCUGAGCUGAGCGGUGUCCAGGGUGCCCCGGAGCCGGCGCAGCCCCAGCCCACAGCGCAAACGGGCCCGGAGCAGCCCGCGCCCCAGCCGCAGCUCGGACCUUGGGGGCCGCUGGAUGACGUGCGUUUCCUUAUCGUCUGCACCUCCUGGUACUGACGGCUGCUGGCCGGAAGAUGCCGCCCGCAGCCUCACUCUCCCUGUACUUGACUUUCGGGACCUGGCUCCCACCCCCAGUGUUUCAAAAGGUUGCAGGGGACU